AUGGCAGACGCACCCACAGCGUCCACCGAUGCUGGUCUCCGGGAUGACGGCGGCCCUGGUGUACCCACUCCUGCAUCCAACAUCUCUCAGCCCUCGCCGUCAAGUCUCCCGCUAAGCAGCUCGGAGCGAAGGAAACGGAGUCUGCCCGAAGGCUCGCCCGACGAAGGUCGGUCGUCGUCCGCAGCGGCUGCUAACCGACGAAGGAGUCACAAAGUUAGCCGCGCGUGCGAUUACUGCAAGGCCAAGAAACUGAAAUGCUCCGGCACCAUCCCCUGCGACGUAUGCACGAGGAAGCGGCUUUCAUGCAUAUACGAUGCAAGCUACCGCCGGGGCAGGCCGCCGACCCCUCCUCCGGCAACCGGGACCCCUCGGCAUUCAACAACCGGAGCGACGCUGGCACCCUUGCUCUCUCCCAUCGAGCUUCUGCCUCCUGGGGCCGCCUUCCCCAGCUUGGCCAUGGGGAACGCUGCCCGGCCCUCACUUCCCGAGUCUGGGGUCGCCAACCCGGAUGCCGGGGGGAACGGCAGCUUCCCGCCAACGUCCCGGGCAUCGCCAGAAGUCGAGAUCGCCGAGAUCGAGGGCCAGUACUUUGACAACACGUCCAGCCUGUCGUUCCUUCACCGGGCCUGGAAGCGGCUCUCAUCACAGAGAUCCAGCGGCAGCGGCGUUCCGGGGCACAUGCCCAGCGGCGUCGAGCAGCACCAGAAGCUCACGAGGGCAGGCGACAAGCCGUUUGAAUCGCAGACUCUCGACCCCUCCACCCUGCCCGACCGGGCCACGGGCUUGGGAAUGAUGCGCUUCUACUUCGACGUCUGCGUGGUGACAUACCGUUGCUUGCACCAAGGGUACGUCUCUGAGUGGUUCGAAGCACUGCUUGCGAACGCGCAUAGCAACCGGCCUCUGCAUCGUGACAUAGGGCACGCCAAGGCCGCCAUCGUCAUGACGAUCCUCGCCAUCGUCACGCUGCGGCAAAGCAAGGUCCGGGGCGUUGGGUCGGAGCAGAGUUCCGAUCUGCGGCGCAGCGACGCCUACUUCUGCGAGGCCCUGAGGCUGACAGAGAUGGAGGUCGGCCUGCCGAAGCUCGAGUCUGCACAGUCUCGCAUCCUGCAGGGCCUCUACCUCCUCCAGACGACGCGUAUGAACCAAGCGUGGUAUGUCUUCGGAAGCAUCCUCCCCAUCGUCUCGGCGCUGGGUCUGCAUCGGAAAUCCGGGCGCAACAGGGGCAGCGGCGACAGGGAUUACAUCAUCUCGCAGUGCAGAAAGAGGACCUUCUGGGUGGCUUACACCAUUGACAAAUACCUGUCUGUCGUGUUUGGCCGCCCCCGGAUGUACCACGACGACGACAUCGACCAGGACUUCCCCGACUGCGUCAACGACGAAGAGAUGACGCCCCAGGGGAGGUCGAGGGACGAGCCCGAGAUGGACUGCCACGUCGAGAGUCUGAUCUUCCACGCCAAACUGGCGCAGCUCAUCGACGGCAUCUCGCGCGAGGUAUACGCCAUCAAGCACAUACCCAAGCACGACCGCCUCAUGGCAGCGCAUCAAUACGGCCAGGCCCUCCACCGGUGGCGCGAGUCGCUGCCGCACCACCUCGGCACGGUCCGGCCAAUGUCGCUGAUCCCGUCUUUUCGACGGCAGAACACCGCCCUCAAGCUGGCGUACUGCCACGCCAUCAUGCACGCCAACCGCCCGUUCCUCCUGGGAACGGGGGCCUCUCAGAGCAAGCAGGGGUCUGCGCUGGAGGACAGCGUGGACGAGUGCAUCAACGCCGCCAAGGUCGCGCUCGAGACGGUCGACGGGAUGGCCAGCGACGGGACCCUGUUCCACGCCUUCUGGUGGACGCCGUACGUGACGUUUUGCGCGCUGGCGGUCGUGUACGUGUGGGAGAUCCAGCGGGGGCGGAAGGACGGCGAGAACGGGCUCUUUGAGCUCGCGGAACGGUGCCAGAACCACUUGACGGAAGCGACAGCGGCCGAGAGUCCCGGCCGCCGAUACAGCGUCAUUCUCGAGGAGCUCCAGCAGGAGGCCAAGUACCAUUCCACCGUGCCGCUGGGACGCGAUCAGCGGCACGCGACGGAGCAGACGGACCGCGGCGGGGGCGCCGAGCCGGCGCAGAUGGACGAUGACAACAACAACAACAACAACAACAACAACAAUAACAACAGCGCGAGACACUCGGCGCUGCCGGCCGACAUGGGCGAAGUCUUCCAACAGCAGGGGUUCGAGGGCAUGACGAACCUCUUGAGUGGCUGGGAGACAACGGACUGGCUCGACCUCGACUCCUCGGCCUUUGCAACAUUCCCCAAUUUCGACGGGUCGCCAGGCUAUUGGAUGCCGGACGUCUAA